UGCACAGGGAGGUCCAAGUCCAGAAAGGUAGCGGCUUCCCGGGUGAAUAAUGUGUUCUUCAUGACGUAUCAGCUUGUUCCCAAGUUUGGUGGGAAUGAUCCUUCAGCAGAAUCUCAUUGAAACACAUACUCUACUUGUGCUGUAGUCCAUUACAAGAUAAUCUAAAGAAGUGCGUCAACCAAAGGAUACGCGCGCUGCAGCUUAUCCAGAAGAGGUGUCCAAGUUGUGCCGCUCGAAAUGUGGAUGGAAGCCAGUACAUUAUGACUUUGUCGGCUUGGCAGUGUUGGUGCUUGUCUAUAGCCUGAUACUGACCCGCGCGUUAUCAAUCACGACCAGGGCGGCAAAUAUCUGAAGAUCUAAAGAUGAUUAUGAAUAGCUCGGACAUAUUUUGUAAUUACGAAGAAGUUGGUAACUUCACCAACAACUCGUCAUGUGUGAGCACGACUCGGUCUUCACCCAGCUUCAUCGACCUGGCGACUUUUAUGCACAUCUUCCCGUCCAUAUACGGUAUCCUGUGUACGAUAGGAGUGAUCGCCAACGGUUUGGUGAUUUACGCAGUGGCAGCAUGCAAGAAAAAGAUGGUCUCGGACAUCUAUGUGCUGAACUUGGCCAUCGCAGAUAUGCUGUUCUUGCUGGUGAUGCCCUUCAAUAUUCACCAGCUGGUCCGGGACAGACAGUGGGUGUUCGGGAACUUCAUGUGCAAAGCUGUCGUGGUGGUGGACGUCAGCAACCAGUUCACUACCGUGGGGAUCGUAACGGUGCUAUGUAUUGACAGAUACAUUGCCAUCGUCCACCCCGCCUCAGAGAAGCGGACCAUCCAGUGGACCAUCGUCAUCAACAUCCUAGUGUGGGUCGGCAGCAUCCUGCUCACCGUGCCCGUCAUGAUCUACGCCGUGGUGGUGAGGAAGCGCGACCUGCAGAUAUGCAUGAUGCUCCUGGACGGGCCUGAGGACAUGUACUGGUACACUCUCUACCAGUCCAUCCUGGGCUUCAUCCUCCCUCUCAUCAUCAUCUCCACCUUCUACUCCCUCACCCUCUUCCACGUCUUCAGAUCCAUCCGCCGAGUCAAGCGUAAACAGUCUGUCUGGGCGAAGCGCGCCACCAAGACCGUGGUGAUGGUCAUCGCUCUCUUCCUGGUGUGCUGGAGCCCUUAUCACGUGAUCCAGGUGAUUAACUUGAGCAACAACAGGCCAACCAACACCUUUGUCUAUGUCUACAACAUCAGCAUCUGUCUGAGUUACUCCCACAGCUGCAUCAACCCUCUGAUGCUGCUCAUCUUCGCUCAGAACUACCGCGAGCGUCUCUGUCACAGGAAGGAGUUGAGGAGCUCGCAGCAGAACUCCUCCAAGACCACUGUGGUCAAGACAGACGGCUCCAGCGUGGCCACCGACCCCAACUACCGAUGCACGGUCGUCUAAUAAUACAGGCAUUGCCACUCGCAUACAGUAUACCAAAGUAAACUGUUUCGUUCUGCUAUCUUUGACGAACUAUAAGCAUUUAUGAAAUAGGGGAAGCUAAAGUAGCUGAACUACACUGUUAUCUUUCCAGAAGUGGCAAUGUGUGUUAGUGGAUGGAUGAUUGGAUUACCCAGCUGACUGUAGCUACCAUCACUAAGAAACAUUGUUCUAAGUCACUGAUCCCGACGUAGCCAAGUGUUUGCUGAAUUGUUAUCUAAGGACCGCCGUGCUACUCUGAGAAUGGACCGAUAAUUUUCGUAAUGGAAGUAUCCAAAGGACUGUAAUCACUUCCACCUAGAGUAGUUCUCCAUCUAGCUCUACUCAACCUCUCUCCCUCUCUCUAUCUCUCCCCCUCUCUCUCCGUCUC